AUGACAGUUACCUGGACAAGUGGAUAUGACAUACAUGAAGUUGUACCCUUUGUGGAAUGGGGUCCAAAGGGCGGAAGACAGGGACAAUCUGCUGCUGAAACAUUGACAUUUAAUCGUAACAGCAUGUGUGGUGAACCAGGGCGAACUGUUGGCUGGCGUGAUCCUGGUUUUAUACACACGAGUUUCCAACAUAGAAUUUUAUCCAGAGCAGGUUUAGGCGACGAAACGUGUUUACCGAAGGGAAUAACUUCCCGUCCGCCAAAUAUAUGUAUGGAAGUAGCGCGCCAAGAAGAAGAAGUAGUAAUGUUCGGAGCAUUAUAUGCACUUUUUGCUAAAACAAGUGUUAAUUCAAGAGAUAUUGAUAUUCUUUAG